UCUGGAAACAGUCCGGAGCACAAAAAUGAGAAGGUACAAGUCAGAAGAUCACAGAUCACACACUGAACCUGUAGGAUGGCUCCCGCGGUUUUACUCAUCGGCUGUCUGCUCACCACAAUCAGCUGCUUGACCACAGCUCAAACUACCACAUCAAUUAAUGCUGUUACUGCAUCACCUAAUGCAACUAACAACGCAACUAAUGUAUUGCCCAACGCAACUAGUGCAAAUUCCAUUUUGCCCAACGGGGCUAACACAUCACCUAGCACCACCAUGUUGCCCAGCGCAACCAACACGGCGCCCAACAUAGCCACCGCGGCGCCCAGCACAACCAAAACAGUGCCCAACACAGCCACCAUGGCGCCAAGCACAACCAACAUGGCGCCCAACGCAACCAACAUGGCGCCCAACACGGCGCCCAACACAGCCACCACGGCGCCAAGCGCAACCAACACGGUGCCCAACACAACCAACAUGGCGCCCAACACAACCAACACGGCGCCCAACACAGCCACCAUGUCAUCCAACGCAACCACCAUGGCGCCCAACACAACCAACAUGGCGCCCAACGCAACCAACAUGGCGCACAACGCAACCACCAUGGCGCCCAACGCAACCAACAUGGCGCCUAAUGCAACUACCACAUCACCUAAUGCGACUACAACGAAUGCAACAACUCCUCAGGCUCCAUUGUAUGGAAGUUGUGCGAGUCCAGAUCUGUGCUGCUCUGGAAGGAAUGACAGCUGUAACCGCUUGAAUUGUUUUUGUGAUGUUGCUUGUCUGAGAUUAAAAGACUGCUGCCCUGAUUUCAAACCCACCUGCCUCACAGUGAAAAACAGCACAAACAUUUUGCCACUAACAGAGACGUGCUCAAAUCCGACUCUGUGCUGCAAUGGCUUGAACUACAACUGUUUCAGAGGCUGUUUUUGUGAUGAGGUCUGCAAACAGCUCAAUGACUGCUGUCCCGACCUCAACAGCACCUGCAAUUUCACUACCCCAACUACAGCUCCACCCAUCAACUCCACUACAGCUCCACCUGCCAACUCCACUACAGCUCCACCUGCCAACUCCACUACAGCUCCACCUGCCAACUCCACUACAGCCCCCCCCGCCAACCCCACUACAGCUCCACCCGCCAACUCCACUACAGCUCCACCCACCAACUCCACUACAGCUCCACCCGCCAACUCCACUACAGCUCCACCCAAAGAUGUUCUGACGUUACUCACUAAUCUGGAGGUGGAGGUUUUGGCCGAGGAGUCAUCCACUGAAGAAGAGCAUGUUCUGACGUUACUCACUAAUCUGGAGGUGGAGGUUUUGGCCGAGGAGUCAUCCACUGAAGAAGAGCGUCAGGCUGCACUGCUUCAGGUGAAAGGAGCGUUUCUGACUGUUGCCACUUUGGUGGAGAAUUACUUAAGAAGGUAUCAUAAUGACAUCAACUCUUUUGAGGUCACAAGAAUUGAGUCGGUAUCACCUUCAAUCUACCACAACACUGCCUACUCUGGCACCAAAUACAACAUCACCUACUCCGGCACUGACUACGACUACAACUACAACACCUCCUACACCAGCACUGAUUACAACUACAACACUGCCUACUCUGGCACCAACUACAACUACUACAACAACACCAUUGUAAGCACCGACUACAACUACACCACCACCUACACUACAACCAACUACAACUACAACACCGCCUACUCCGGCACCAACCACAACUACAACACCACCUACACCAGCACUGACUACAACUACAACACCACUUACACCACCACCAACUACAACUGCUACAACAACACCAUCUACAACAGCACCAACUACAACUACGACACCACCUACACCAGCACCAACUACAACUACAACACUGACUACAACAACAACAAUACCUACACCAACUACAGCUACAAAAGCACCAACUACAACUACUACUACCACACCAUUUACACUAGCACCAGCUACUACAAUAACACCAUCUACACCAGCACUGACUGCAGCUACAACACCAACUACAACUACAACAACAACACCAUCUAUAACGACACCAACUACAACAACAACAGCACCUACACCAGCACCAACUACAACACCGCCACAGUCUUCAACUACUACAACAACACCUACACCACCACCAACUACAACUACAACACUGCCUACACCAGCACCGACUACAACUACAACACCAAAUACAACGCCACUGACUACAACUACUACAACAACACCUACACUAACUACAACACCGCCUACACCAGCAUUGACUACAGCUACAACACCACCACCAACUACAACUACUACAACAACACCAUCUACAACAGCACCAACUACAACUACUACAACAACACCAUCGUCACCAGCACCGACUACAACUACAACACCACCUACACUGGCAUCAAUUACAACUACAACACUGCCUACACUGGCACCGUCUAUAACUACAACAACACCACCUACACCAAUACCAACAACAACUACAACACUGCCUACACCAGCACCGACUACAGCUAUAACACCACCUACACCGGCACCGACUACAACUACAACACCACCUACACUGGCACCAACUACUACAACAACACCACCUAA